AUGAGUCCGGAGAACAAACUGCUUCCGAAGCGGAUCAUCCUUGUACGGCACGGAGAAUCGGAAGGGAAUCUCGACACGGCGGCGUACACAACGACGCCGGAUCACAAGAUCCAGUUAACCGAAUCCGGUUUGCUUCAGGCGCAGGAAGCCGGAGCUCGUCUCCACGCGUUGAUCUCUUCCAAUUCGUCUUCGCCAGAGUGGCGCGUCUACUUCUACGUUUCCCCGUACGAUCGGACGCGAUCUACGCUCCGGGAGAUCGGACGGUCCUUCUCGCGUCGCCGCGUGAUUGGCGUUCGCGAGGAAUGUCGAAUUAGGGAACAGGAUUUUGGGAAUUUCCAGGUUAAAGAGCGAAUGAGAGCGACGAAAAAGGUCAGAGAGCGAUUUGGCCGUUUUUUCUACCGCUUCCCGGAGGGAGAAUCCGCCGCCGACGUCUUCGAUCGCGUCUCCAGUUUUCUCGAGUCUCUGUGGAGAGACAUAGACAUGAACAGACUGCACAUAAACCCGUCUCAUGAGCUAAACUUUGUGAUAGUCUCACACGGCUUAACAUCGCGUGUGUUUCUGAUGAAAUGGUUCAAGUGGACUGUGGAACAGUUUGAGGCACUAAACAAUCCAGGGAACAGCGAGAUCAGAGUUAUGGAGUUAGGGCAAGGCGGUGAUUACAGCUUGGCGGUUCAUCACACAGACGAAGAGUUGGAGAGCUGGGGAUUGUCACCGGAGAUGAUUGCAGAUCAGAAAUGGCGUGUUAACUCGCAUAAAGGCGAGUGGAAAGACGAUUGUAAGUGGUACUUUGGUGAUUUCUUUGAUCAUAUGGCUGAUUCGGAUAAAGAAUGCGAGACUGAGGCCAUUCAAGAAGAAGAAGAAGAAGAUGAUGAAGAGGAUAAAGAAGUAAAUCUGCUAACGAAUACAGAAGAUAACAAUGAGGAAGAGUUGUGCAAUGGAAACAGCUGA